AUGAAAUUAAACUAAAAAUUAUUAGAAAGACUAGAUGAGUCUUUGGCUCAAAGUUUUGUUCUUAAAUACCAAGAAGAGAAAAAUAGGAAGGUUGCACCGGAGGAAUUCAUAAGUGAUGAUUACAAGGGAAACUUUAGAGUAAGACAAGUUGGAGAUCGGCAAGAAAAUAUGAAGAAAAGCAAACUAGAUGCUAUGUCUACUGCCACAUCCAACUUUUAUAAGGAGACAGCCACGCCAAAUUCAUCUAAACCUCCUUCCUCUCUUAAUACUUCCAAAUUAUUGGAUUAAAGCAAGAUUUCCUAACUAAAACAAUCAAUUAUAACAAACAGAAUUACAUCAGCUUAGCCAGCAAGGCCUUUAAUGAUUAAGAAGAUGUAAAAGAAUACUGAAUAAUUAUAAAUUGAACCAAAAGAACAAAAACCUCCAAUUUUUGCAUUAAAAAGACUCUCAUCUGCCAAAUAGUAAUAAUAAGAUGAAGAGAAGUCUAUCGUACAGAAUUAAGAAUCAAGUCUUAAUAAUUCCCUUGUAGCAAAGCCUUCAAUACUGAGAAGAUCUUCAUUGACAUCACAUGCUAAAAAAAUUGAAAUCAAAAAAGAAGAAUAAGAAGUUGAAACAAAGAAAUUGUCCUUACCUAAGAAGUAAGAAUCUCAAAUAUCAGAACCAGUAUUUUAAUUUUAAAUUGCCAAAAGAAAAGUUGAUGACAUGAUUUACGAUACUAUGGAUAUUGAUACUUUAUAAGAAAUUACAAAAAAAAAUGAAGUACAUAUAUAUAUACAACUUAAUUCUAGAGUUAGUUUGAUGAAAUCACAUCCAUUUAGUUCAGAUUCAAUACUAUGAAUGAUUCACUUUAUAUGCUAGGAGAAUACUUAUCAAAUUUACAAGAACUUAAACUGAAUAAUUCAUAAAUUGAAUCAUUACGUUUGUUAGGUACUAAAUUGAGGAAUUUAUCAAUUCUUUGGAUCAGCAAUUCAAAAUUAACCGAUAUAUCAGGUAUAACUAUUAAACUUAUACAAUUAUUAGGAAUUAUGAGUAUGCCAAAUCUUGUAGAGUUUUAUUGUUCAUUUAAUAAUAUCAAAGACAUCAGUCCCUUAGCCUUUCAUGAAAAGAUAUCCAUUUUGGAUAUUGAAGGUAAUGAAUUAGCUGACGAAUUCUAAAUUGAUUAUUUAGAAUCUUUGAAUUUGCAAUAAUUGAUUAUUAGUUCAAACCCAUUAAUCAAAGAUGAUCAUUUGAGGGAUAAACUCUAUGAAAAGUUACCAGCCACUGAAAUCUAUAUUGAUGAUAAUGACUUACCAACAGAGUCUUAGAUAAUUUCAGAGAAUAGCCAAAUCAAAUAGCUUUAUGAUAUAGCAGAGAUGAUGCACUCUAAAUUUGAUGUAUAUUCGAAAUAUAUAUUAAGCUCGGAAAUGUAGAGGAAUUGAAAAACCUAGAGGAAUAAGUCAAAUAUUAAUUAGACAAAGACAUGUUGGAAGAACCUGAUGAAAAUAGAUUACUUAGUUUAUCUAUCAAAUAAAGGCCUCUUGAAAAGUCAAAAUUAAAACGACCUUAAACUGCAUAAGUUCAACAAAAUUAUAAUGUAAGAGUUUUCUCUUAAACUAAAAGCCUGACCCCACUUCAGAGUUAGUUGGAUUAGAAGAGGCCUUUGCUGGGAAUCCCAUUAAAGCAGCUAAAAAGCAUAAACAAAAUAGAGAAUAAAUUUUUGAUCCUACUGAUAGAAAAAGUAUUGACAUAUAAACUUUAUUAAAUAAGUUCAAAUGA